AUGAAUUUCACUGACCGCAGCGUGGCGCUGCACCGCUUCCAGCGAGAACUCGAGCGCUAUCAGGUGUUUCUUAAGUCUCCGGAAAUGAAACAAGCGUCCAUUAGCACGGGACGCAUCGGCCCGCGCGCGAUAAGACGGGUCAUUAGUCGGCCCGAAAGAGAGAGAGAAGAGCAGCAGCAUCCCAGUGCUGUAAGCACCAGUAUCCAACCCGGCUUCGCUAGGAGCUGGACAGGCCGGCCGGGAAAGUGCACCACAAUGUGGCAAGCACUACUUAACCUCCUUUUCCUAUUAAUUUCGUGUUCUCUUCGGUGCCAUUCUCAAGGAUGUGAGUCGGGACAGUUCCGCUGCGGGACCGGCAGGUGCGUCCCGCUGGGGUGGCGCUGCGACGGCAUCGCGGACUGCGCGGACGACUCAGACGAAGCCAGCUGUCCUCGGCUGAGCUGCGACGACGGGCAGUUCCAGUGUGUCAGCGAUGGUGAGUGCAUUCCACAGUCGUGGGUGUGCGAUGACGAGGAGGACUGCGAUGAUGGCUCCGACGAAAGGCAGCAUUGCCCCGGGCGGACUUGUUCCAGCGAGCAGUACACCUGCCCCAGCGGAGGCUGCAUCCCCCGGGAAUACAGGUGCGACCGGCUGCCCGACUGCUCAGAUGGAGCCGAUGAGACAGGCUGCCAAUACCCAGCAUGUGCGGAGAUGAGUUGCGACAACGGAGCGUGCUACAACCGCACGCAGCGCUGUGACCACGUGCUCAACUGCCGGGACGGAUCUGACGAGGCCAACUGCACUCAGCGCUGCAGCAGCAGCCAGUUCCAGUGCGGCAAUCGGGAGUGCAUCCCGCAUGGGUACAUCUGUGACCAUGACGAUGACUGCGGCGACAGGAGCGACGAGCAGAAUUGCACCUAUCCUACCUGCCGGGGAGACUACUUCACCUGUCCAAGCGGCCGCUGUAUUCAUCAGAUCUGGCUAUGCGACGGAGAGGAUGACUGCGAGGACAAUGCAGACGAGAGGGGAUGUGAUGCGGUCCAGCGGGAGUGUUACCCGGGAGAGUGGCCCUGUCCAAACUCGGGGGUGUGUAUCCCCCUGGAGCGUCUCUGCGACGGGAACCCCCAGUGCCCCGGAGGAGAGGACGAGACCAACGUUACCGCUGGACGCAACUGCAGUAUCUGGAAGUGUACCUCCCUUAGCUGUGAGCAUCACUGCCAUGCCUCCCCUGAUGGAGGAACGUGUUACUGUCCACCGGGCUACGUGAUCAACAACAACAACAGCCGCUCCUGCAUCGAUUUCGACGACUGUCAGAUGUGGGGUGUCUGUGACCAGCUCUGCGAGGAUCGUGUCGGCACCCACCGCUGCAGCUGCCUCGAUGGCUACGUGCUGGAACAGCACCGGCACUGCAGGGCUAACACUUCAUCGGGUCAGCCUUGGCUCGUCUUCUCCAAUGGACGGGAUCUGCUAAUCGGCGACAUCCACGGACAUGGUUUCCGCAGACUGGUGCAGUCCCAGGACCGAGGCAUAGCUGUCGGGGUGGACUUCCAUUACCAUCUGAACCGGAUCUUCUGGACUGAUACCAUUCAGAACAAGGUGUUUUCGGUGGAUAUGGAUGGUUCCAACAUGCAAGUGGUUUUGAACGUAUCCGUUGACUACCCUGAAAACUUGGCGGUGGACUGGGUCAACAACAAACUGUAUGUGGUAGAGGGCAGCGUCAAUAGAAUCGACAUGGUGGACUUGGACGGGAACAACCGCGUGACGCUGAUCGCAGAGAACCUGGGGAAUCCAAGAGGCCUAGCGGUGGACCCGACGGUGGGAUUUUUGUUCUUCUCUGACUGGGAUGCGGUAAAUGGGGAACCUGGACUGGAGAGAGCCUACAUGGAUGGGACCAACCGCUAUGGGAUCAUCAAGACCAAACUAGGGUGGCCAGCCGGCAUCACGCUGGAUAUCGAAGCAAAAAGGCUUUACUGGGUUGACAGUCGCUAUGACUACAUAGAAACCACAACCUACGAUGGACUGCACAGGAAAACAGUGGUACAUGGAGGGUCAGUGAUCCCACACCCAUUUGGAAUCAGCUUGUUUGAGCACAAUGUGUAUUUUACCGACUGGACCAAGAUGGCCGUCAUGAAAGCUAACAAGUUCAGCGAUAGCAACCCACAGGUGAUCUACCACACAGCGAUGAAUCCAUACGGGGUGGCUGUGGUCCACUCUCUCAGACAGCCAUACGUACGGAACCCAUGCAGUGCGAACAUGGGUGGCUGUGAGCACAUCUGCGUCCUGAGCCACAGGACAGACAACGGUGGCCUGGGCUACCGCUGCAAAUGCCGCUUGGGAUAUGACCUACAUGCAGAUGGCAAGCGCUGCGUGGCCGUGAGACAGUUCCUGCUGUUCUCCUGCCAGUUGGCCGUCAGGGGCAUCCCCUUCAACCUCUCGUCCCAGGAGGACAUCAUCCUGCCCAUCACAGGCACACCCUCCUAUUUUGUUGGCGUCGAUUUCAGCGCAGAAGAAGACACCAUCUUCUUCUCUGACACAGCCAAAGACAUCAUCUAUAAGCAGAAAGUGGAUGGAAGUGGCAGGGAGGUGCUCGCUGCCAAUCGAGUGGAAGGCGUGGAGGACCUGGCCUACGACUGGAUAUCUAAGAACCUCUACUGGACUGACCCACGCUACAGGAGCAUCUCGGUGAUGAAGGUUGCUGACAGGUCCAGACGCGCCAUAGUGAGAAACUUGAACAACCCCAGGUCCAUUGUGGUGCACCCUGGAAUUGGGUACAUAUUCUGGACUGACUGGUAUCGUCCUGCCAAGAUCAUGAGGGCCUGGUGUGACGGGUCACAUGCGCAGUCCAUUGUGAAUACCACUCUGGGCUGGCCCAAUGGCCUGGCCAUUGACUGGAGUUCCCUGCGCCUCUACUGGGUGGAUGCCUACUUUGAUAAGAUUGAGCACAGCACCUUCGACGGGACAAACAGAUUGACCCUUGACCGCAUCACGCAGAUGUCCCAUCCUUUUGGCCUGACCAUCUUUGGAGAUUAUGCGUAUUACACUGAUUGGAGGCUGGGUGCCAUUGUACGUGUUCGGAAAACCGAUGGUGGCGAGAUGGUCAUCAUCAGGCGUGGGAUCAGCCACAUCAUGCACGUCAAGUCUUUCAACGCCAACUCCCAGACAGGUACUAACUAUUGUAACAGAGCAGCUAAUCCCAAUGGAGACUGCAGCCACUUUUGUUUCCCGGUGCCCAACUUCCAGCGGGUGUGUGGCUGCCCGUAUGGCAUGAAGUUGGCUCCAAACCAGCAGACCUGUGUGGAGGACCCCUCCAACGAGCCCCCCACCCUGCAGUGUGGAACCAACUCCUUCUCCUGCGCCAAUGGAAAGUGUGUUUCUCAGCACUACCAAUGUGAUGGCAUGGACGAUUGCCAUGACAACAGCGAUGAAGUCAAUUGCGGGGCCUACAAUGCAACCUGCUCUCCGACUGCAUUCACCUGUGCCAACCGGCGUUGCGUGCCCAUGAAUUGGCGCUGCGACGGGCACAAUGACUGCUUCGACAACAGUGACGAGCACAGCUGCCCCACUCGGGGUACCUCUACCUGCCAAGCCAAUCAGUACACUUGCGCCAACCAGCGUUGCAUCCCUGUCACCUGGCUGUGUGACACAGACAAUGACUGUGGGGACGGCUCUGAUGAAAUUGACUGCCACUUCUCUGGAACAUGCCGGCCUGGUCAGUUCCAGUGCCCAGACCACCGCUGCAUUGACCCAUACUAUGUGUGUGAUGGAGACAGGGACUGCGUGGAUGGAGCCGACGAACAGGGCUGUAUUUACAACUGCACUUCCUAUGAGUUUAAGUGCGCCAAUGGACACCAGUGUGUGAACUCCUACUACCGCUGUGACGGGGUUUUCGACUGCAGCGACCGGUCAGAUGAAGCUGGCUGUCCCACCAGGAUGCCCGGCAUGUGUCACCAUGACAGCGAGUUCCAGUGCCAGUCGGAUGGUAGCUGCAUCCCGGCAGCGUGGGAAUGCGACGGGCACCCAGAUUGCGAGGAUGGCUCGGAUGAGCAUCAUGCUUGCCUGCCACGCACCUGCCCCUCCUCGAACUUCCGCUGCGACAACGGCAAUUGCGUACCACUGCGUUGGGUCUGUGACGGAGACAACGACUGCCGCGACCUGAGUGACGAGCGUGACUGCCCCACACCUCCCUUCCGUUGCCCCAGCUGGCAGUGGCAGUGUCCUGGGCACAGCGUGUGCGUUGACCUGAGCAAGGUGUGUGACAAUACCCCUGACUGCCCCAAUGGAGCUGACGAAUCGCCCCUCUGCAAUGAGCCUUUGCCAGACCAAGAAAGCUGCUCGGACAACAAUGCCGGUUGCACCCAUGGUUGCAUCCAAGGUCCUUUUGGGGCGCAGUGCACGUGCCCCUUGGGCUACCUAUUGACCAACGAUUCUAAGACCUGCGAGGAUGUCGACGAGUGCAAUCCCCCGGGACUCUGCAGCCAGCACUGCUACAAUGAGCGAGGCUCCUUCCGCUGCCACUGUACAGACGGCUAUACGCUGGAAGCGGACCAGCGAACAUGCAAGGUCUCAGGUCCGAGGGAGGCGCUGCUGCUGGUGGCUAGCCGCAAUCAGAUCGUGUCAGACGACAUCACGGCACAACCCAACGUGGUGCGAUCGCUAGUGCGCGACGGACGCAACAUUGUGGCCUUGGACUUCGACUCGGCCACGGACCGCGUGUACUGGUCCGACACCACACAGGACCGCAUCUGGAGCAUGCAUAAAAAUGGCUCAGACAGGACCGUUAUAUUUGACAGUGGCGUGACGGUGACUGAGAGCCUCGCUGUGGACUGGGUCGGACGGAACCUCUACUGGACCGACUAUGUCCUGGAGACGAUCGAGGUGUCCAAACUAGAUGGCAGCCACAGAACCGUCCUAAUCAGUGACAACGUUACCAACCCCAGAGGCCUAGUGUUGGAUCCGCGGGAUGAUGCACACCUCAUGUUCUGGACUGACUGGGGGAGGAAUCCGCGGAUCGAACGAGCCAGCAUGGACGGCAAAAACAGGAUUGUCAUCAUCAGCGACAAACUCUACUGGCCCAAUGGCUUGACAAUAGACUAUCCUACCAAGCUGCUCUACUUCGCUGAUGCGUACUUGGACUUCAUCGAUUACUGCGAUUAUGACGGGAGCAACAGGAAGCAGGUCUUAGCCAGUGACCUGGUGCUGCAGCAUCCACAUGCAAUAACCAUUUUUGAGGAUUUUGUGUACUGGACUGACCGCUACAUCAACCGUGUGAUCCGGGCCAACAAGUGGCACGGCGAGAACCAGACGGUUCUGAUGUACAACCUGCCGCAGCCCAUGGGGCUGGUGGCUGUGCACCCGGCUCGGCAGCCCCCAGGUGUCAACCGCUGUUCCUUUAACCCCUGUACCCACAUCUGCUUGCUGUCAGCCAUCGGCCCCCGGUUUUACUCCUGCGCCUGCCCCUCUGGCUGGAACCUGGCCACGGAUCAGAUCUCCUGUGUGAGAGUUACAGACCCUUUUCUGGUGGUAGUCAGAGACAGCAUCAUUUACGGCAUGUCCCUGAAUGAGAGUGACAAGAGUAACGACGCGAUGGUCCCCAUUGCCGGGCUGCAGAAUGGCUAUGACGUGGACUUCGACGACUCUGAGCAGAUGAUCUACUGGGUGGAACACCCGGGGGAAAUCCACCGCGUGAAAGCAGAUGGGACCAACAGGACGGAAUUCGCUCCUGCCGCCAUCCUGGGCUCCCCAGUGGGCCUCGCAUUGGACUGGAUGUCACAGAACCUGUAUUAUACCAACCCAGCCUCACAGUCCAUUGAGGUUCUGAAGCUGAAAGGAGAGGUGCAAUAUCGGAAGACCAUCAUCACCAACAAUGGCUCACCUACGGGGGCUGGUACCCCUGUUGGCAUCGCCGUGGACCCGGCACGUGGGAGGAUGUACUGGACCGAUCAAGGGACAGAGGGCGGAGUCCCAGCCAAGGUGGCGGCUGCAGACAUGGACGGCUCCAACGCCGUCACCCUCUUCACCAACAACAUGGACCACAUUGAGUUCAUAACGAUCGACGUACGGGAAAACAAGCUGUACUGGGCCGUCACGGGAACCGGAAUGAUCGAGCGAGGCGACUCAGAUGGUACCAACCGGAUCGCCGUCGUGACCGGCCUGUCCCACCCGUGGGGGGUGGCGGUGCACGGGGGCUUCCUGUUCUUCACCGACAGGGACUUCGAGGUGAUCGAGCGCGUGGACAAAGCCACCGGCACCAAUCGGGUGGUGCUUCGGGACAACGUGUCUGGACUCAGGGUUCUCAAGGUGCACUACAGAGAGACCUCCGCAGGCACCUCCAAUGGCUGCAGUGACAACAUGGGCGCGUGCCAGCACCUGUGUCUGCCACGCCCAGGCAAUCUGUACACCUGUGCCUGUGCCACGGGCUUCAAGCUCAACCCUGACAGCAGGACCUGCUCACCCUACCAGUCCUACGUGGUCAUCUCCAUGCUCUCCGCUCUCAAGGGCUUCAGUCUGGAGGGGGCCGACCACUCCGAGGCCAUGGUCCCCGUAGCAGGGAGAGGUCGCAAUGCCCUGCACGUAGAUGUCCACAUGCCCUCGGGCUUCCUCUACUGGUGCGACUUCAGCAGCACUGUGGCGUCACAGAACGCGAUCCGCCGGAUCAAGCCCGACGGCUCGGGGUUCCGUAGCAUAGUCACCUCUGGCAUCGGCCGGAACGGCAUCCGAGGCAUCGCGGUGGACUGGGCUGCAGGGAACCUCUAUUUCACGAAUGCCUUCUUAACGGAGACCUACGUGGAGGUCAUUCGUCUGAACACCACCUUCCGGCGAGUGCUCCUGAAGACCACCGUCGACAUGCCCCGCCACAUUGUGGUAGACCCCAAGAGCAGAUACCUCUUCUGGGCAGACUAUGGACAGAACCCCAAGAUCGAGCGGUCUUUCUUGGACGGGACAAACAGGACUGUCCUGGUCUCCUCUGGGAUCAUCACUCCACGAGGUCUUGCCCUGGACUACCAGAACGGAUACAUCUACUGGGUGGAUGACUCCCUGGACAUGAUCGCCAGGGUACGCCCCGAGGGUGGAGAACCAGAGAUGGUGCGGUAUGGGAGCCGGUACCCCACCCCUUAUGGCAUCACCGUCUUUGAGAAUAGCAUCAUCUGGGUGGACAGGAACCUCAAGAAAGUCUUCCAGGCCAGCAAAGAGCCGGGUAACAAUGAGCUUCCAGCUGUCAUCAGGGAUAAUAUUAACAUGCUGAGGGAUGUGACCAUCUUUGACCAGCGCACCCAGCCUCACACGGCCCAGGAGCUCAACAACAACCCGUGUCUGGUGGCCAACGGCGGCUGUGCCCACCUCUGCUUCGCCAUCCCCGGAAGCCAGACCAGGAGGUGCGCCUGUGCCUUCGGGAGCCUGGCGCGCGACAACGCCACCUGCGUGGUGUCUAGAGACGACUACCUCAUUUACACCACAGAGAGCACAGUGCGCAGCCUUCGCCUGGACCCUGACGACCACUCUUUGCCUUUCCCCGUGGUCAACGUGCUCCGAACCUCAGUGGCCCUGGACUUUGACCGCACGGACAAUCGGAUCUACUUCUCACAGAGUUCUGGGGCGGGAAUCAGCAAGAUAAGCUACAUCAGCCUUUCAUCUCCCACCACCACCCCUACGAUAGUGGCCUCGGAUCUGGGCUCUCCAGACGGUUUGGCCUACGACUGGAUCCAUAAGAGGAUUUACUACAGCGACUACGUCAACCAGACCAUCAGCUCCAUGGCUAUCGACGGGUCCCAGCGUACUAUUAUUGCUCGGGUUCCCAGACCACGGGCCAUAAUGUUGGACCCCUGUCGGGGGUACAUGUACUGGACGGACUGGGGGACCAAUGCAAAAAUCGAACGGGCCACUCUAGGGGGAAACUUCAGGACCGACAUCGUGAACACCAGCCUGGUGUGGCCCAACGGGCUCACUUUAGAUUACGAGGAGCAGAGGCUGUACUGGGCGGAUGCCAGCUUGCAGAAGAUCGAGAGGUCCACGCCGACGGGCGCCAACCGCGAGGUGAUCGUGGGCACGGCCGUCUACCCGUUCGCCAUGACCCUGUAUGGCCAGCAUAUCUACUGGACGGACUGGAACACGCGCAGUAUCUACCGUGCUAACAAGCACGAUGGCUCGGACCAGCGUGUGAUGGUCCAGAACCUUCCAUCUCGCCCUAUGGACAUCCACGUACUGGCCAGUAACAAGCAGCAGCAGUGUGGCAGCCCCUGCGAGCAGUUCAAUGGCGGCUGCAGCCAUAUCUGCACCCCUGGACCCCAGGGCGCGGAAUGUGGCUGCCCCUCCGAGGGCCGCUGGUACUUGGCUGACAACAAGUACUGUAUCCAUGACAAUGGCACCCGCUGCCAGCCAGGGCAGUUCACCUGCAUGAACGGCCGAUGCAUCCGCGCGCAGUGGAAAUGUGACAAUGACAAUGACUGCGGUGACGGCAGUGACGAGCUGGAGCGAGUCUGUGCCUUCCACACUUGUGAGCCAACUGUGUUCACCUGUGGCAACGGGCGCUGCGUGCCCUAUCACUAUCGCUGCGACCACUACAACGACUGCGGGGACGGGAGCGACGAGGUCGACUGCCUCUUCCGGCCCUGCGACCCCACCAGCGAGUUCACCUGCAACAACGGGCGCUGCAUCGCCAGGCAGUACGUCUGCAAUGGCAUCAACAACUGCUUUGACAACGGCACGUCUGACGAAAGAGGAUGCGCCGAUCGCACCUGCCAGCCGGAACACACCAAGUGCCAGACCACCAAUAUCUGCAUCCCGCGCUCAUACCUUUGUGACGGUGACAACGACUGCGGCGACAUGAGCGACGAAAGCCCCACGCAUUGCGCCACGUCGACCUGCGCCGAGAACGAGUUCCGCUGCUCCAGUGGCCGCUGCAUCCCGGGCCACUGGUACUGUGACGAGGGCACCGACUGCGCCGAUGGCUCCGACGAGCCCCCCACCUGCCGAUCCAUGGUGCGGACAUGCAACGCUGAGCAGUUCCGCUGCGACGACGGCAGGUGCAUCGCCUCCUCCUGGAUCUGCGAUGGCGAUAACGACUGCGGGGACAUGAGUGACGAGGACCAGAGGCACAAUUGCGGUACAGAACUAUAUGUUUACUGGACAGACUGGGGUGAGAGAGCCUUCAUUGGCCGAGUUGGCAUGGACGGGAACAACAAGUCUGCCAUCGUCACCACCAAGAUCGAGUGGCCCAAUGGGAUCACGAUCGAUUACACCAAUGACAUGCUCUACUGGUCAGACGCCCACCUCAACUACAUUGAGUACUCGGACCUGGAGGGCCGCCACCGACACACAGUCUACGAUGGAGUCCUGCCCCACCCAUUCGCCCUGACUGUUUUCGAAGACACUGUCUACUGGACUGACUGGAACACCCGGACUGUGGAGAAGGGGAACAAAUAUGAUGGAUCGGGCCGCACAGCACUGGUGAACACGACGCACAGGCCCUUUGACAUCCAUGUGUGCCACCCCUACCGGCAGCCAACUGUGUCCAACCCCUGUGCGGUGAACAACGGAGGCUGUUCGCACCUGUGCCUGAUCCGGGCCGGAGGCCAGGGCCACACCUGCGAGUGUCCCGACCACUUCCUGACCGUGCAGGUGGGGAACGUGCCCCGCUGCCUGGCCAUGUGUUCCAGCACGCAGUACAGAUGCGUCGACAAUGAGAGAUGCAUCCCAAUUUCGUGGAAGUGUGACGGCCAGCGGGACUGCAGGGACGGCUCAGACGAGCCCUCCACCUGCCCCGCACGCCACUGCCGACUGGGCCAGUUCCAGUGCAAUGACGGCAACUGCACCAGUCAUCACUUUCUGUGCAACGCAGUGCGGGACUGCCACGAUGGCUCAGACGAGGACCCCGUACUGUGUGCAACGCACCAGUGUGAAACAUACCAGUGGCAAUGCGCCAACAAGCGGUGCAUCCCUGAAGCGUGGCAGUGCGACAACGAGAACGACUGCGGCGACGGCUCCGAUGAGGACCCGUCCCACUGCGCCAGCCGCACCUGCCGCCCAGGCCAGUUCAGGUGCCGGAACGGACGGUGUAUCCCCCAGACGUGGAAGUGCGACGUGGACGACGACUGCGGGGACAACUCGGACGAGCCGCAUGACGAAUGCAUGGGCCCAGCAUACCGUUGUGACAACCAUACCGAUUUUGCCUGUCGGACCAACUACCGUUGCGUGCCUCUGUGGGCUGUGUGCAACGGACACGAUGACUGCCGAGACCAGAGCGAUGAGCAGGGCUGUGCGGAGCUGACCUGCAACCCCAGGGGUGAUUUCCGCUGCGACAACCACCACUGCAUUCCCCUGCGCUGGAAAUGCGACGGGGACGACGACUGCGGCGACGGCUCCGACGAGCGAACCUGCAGCCCCCGCUCCUGCACAGAGAGCGAAUUCCGCUGUGACAACUUGCACUGCAUUCCCGGCCGCUGGGUGUGCGACCAUGACAACGACUGCGGGGACAACUCUGACGAGAGGGACUGUGAACUGCGGACAUGUAACCCGGGAUACUUCCAGUGCAACAGCGGCCACUGCAUUGCACAGCACUUCCAAUGCGAUGGUAACGCUGACUGCGUGGACUACUCUGACGAGGCGGCAUGCCCGACCCGGUACCCCAACGGAACGUACUGCCCGCCAUUCCUCUUCGAGUGCAGGAACCACGUGUGCCUGCAGUCCCACUGGAAAUGCGACGGGGAUAACGACUGCGGAGACGGCUCGGACGAGGAGCUCCACACCUGCUUGGAUAUUCCCUGCAACCCCCCAUUCCGUUUCCGCUGUGAUAACAACCGCUGCAUAUACAGCCACGAGCUGUGCAACACUUUGGAUGACUGCGGUGACGGCACCGACGAGAGGCCGGAGCACUGCCAGGCCCCCACCCACGGGCCCUGCUCAGUGGAGGAGUUCAAAUGCAGCAACAGGGACUGCAUUCCGCUGCACUAUGUGUGUGACGACUUCGAUGACUGUGGAGACCAGUCCGAUGAGCUGGGCUGCAACAGGGGCAGCAGCCGCUCCUGCAGCGAAAACCUCUGCGAGCACAACUGCACCAACUUGGCAGAAGGAGGCUUCAUCUGCUCCUGCGGACCUGGAUUCAGGCCCAGCCAGACUGACAGGAACAGCUGCGAGGACGUGAACGAGUGCGAGGUCUUCGGCAGCUGCCCGCAGAACUGCAGGAACUCCAAGGGAGGAUACGAGUGUCUGUGCUCACAGGGCUUCCGCUCCGUCGGGGAGGAGCACGGGGUGCAAUGCGCCGCUGAGGGCAACCCCCCAGCCCUCCUGCUGCCGGACAACGUGCGCAUCCGCCGCUUCAACCUUUCCUCGGAGCAGUUCUCCGACUACGUGGAGAACAGCGAGCACAUCCAGACCCUGGACUACUCGUGGGACCCAGAGGACACCGGUCUCAGUAUCGUUUACUGGACAGUGCUGGGCAGAGGCUCCCAGUUUGGAGCUAUCAAACGUGCCUACAUGCCCACCUUCAUCGACAAUGGCAACAACCCCGUGAAGGAAGUCGACCUCAACCUGAGAUACAUCUCCAAGCCUGACGGCAUCGCAGUCGACUGGAUCGGCGGACACGUCUACUGGACCGACUCGGGGACCAAUAGGAUCGAGGUGGCGAAGCUGGACGGCCGGUACAGGAAGUGGCUGAUCCACACGGAGCUUGACCAGCCUGCUGCGAUCGUGGUCAAUCCAGCACUUGGAAUGAUGUACUGGACAGACUGGGGAAGAAAGCCCAAGAUUGAGUCGGCCUGGAUGGAUGGGCAACACCGGCAGGUCCUGGUGGAGGAGGACUUGGGCUGGCCCACUGGGCUGGCCGUAGACUACGUCAAUGGCGACCGGAUAUACUGGUGCGACUCCAAAGAGAAUACCAUCGAGUCCAUGAAGGCGGACGGCACAGACAGGAAGAUUAUAAUAUCAGGAGACAUCGGUAACCCCUAUAGCCUAGACGUCUUUGAGGGACACAUCUACUGGACGACGAGAGAGCGGGGCGAGGUGUGGAAGAAAAAUAAAUUCGGGAAGGGGGACAAAGUGAAAGUGCUGACGAUCAACCCGUGGCUCACCCAAGUGCGCAUCUACCAAGAGCACAGGCGCAACCUCUCAGUGCCUAACCCAUGCAAGGAUGUCUGCAGUCACCUGUGUUUGCUACGCCCAAGGGGCUACACCUGUGCGUGCCCACAGGGCUCCCUGCCCGUCAGCUUCAACCCCAACGAGUGUGAUGCAGCUAAAGAGGUCCCGGUUUUGUUGCCCGCUCCAUGUCGAUGCAUGAAUGGCGGGACAUGCUACACCGAAGAGGAUGGGCCCCCCAAGUGCAAGUGUUUGUACGGCUAUGCGGGCAGCUACUGUGAGAUGGGGAAGUCCAGUGGGGCACCUUCAGGGAUAGUCGCUGUGCUCCUGGUAAUAAUCGUCAUCUUGAUCACUGGAGGCCUGGCUGUUGGGAUCUUCUUCAACUACAGGCGUACUGGCUCUUUCAUACCCUCCUUGCCCAAACUUCCCAGUCUGAGCAGCUUGGUCAAGUCCAGCGAUGCCGGAAACGGCGUGACAUUCCGCUCCGGCGACGACGUCACCAUGGACCUGGACCCCCCAGCCGUGGGAGUCUCAGUCAUUGACAGAGCCAUGCAACUGGACGAGAACUUCGCAGCGGGAGGGGGCAAGCAGCCUGUCACGUUCGAGAACCCGCUCUACUCCACAGCCGCUAAUACCAUGAGCGACCCCGCCGUGAUCUACGCCACGCAGGUCACCGUUAAUGUGAGUGGGGACCCGGCGAAGAACAAUUAUGAGAACCCGACCUACUGCUUGGAGCAGCCUGCGGCCGUGGUGGAGACUCCAUCUCCCAGCACCGAAUGUGUUCCUGAAUCCAGGUGGAGCUUAUUUAAGAGGAAACUGAAACCUGGCACCACUUUCGAAAAUCCUACAUACUCAGAGAUGCAAGAGGAGCGUGUGGUGGAAAGCGGAGAGGACGGCAGCUCCGAGCCGGUCUCGCCCUUCGGCCCGCCUGCCAAAGCUCCAAAAAAGGACCGACCCAAUGCGUACGCGCCUACGGAGGACACCUUCGGAGACACGGCCACCCUGGUGAAGGAGGACAGUGAUGUGUAAUGUGUUCUGUUCACAAAUGCAGAACUAAGGACACAGUCUCCUUUGCACAGAAUCUAUUUUUAUAUGCAGCCUGUGAACGAAACUAAGAUUGUUUGGAAAAUCGAUGAAAGUUCCUAUUGCCUGCACUGCAGAGGUCUGAGCUGACAAUGCCUGUGUUUCUUAUGCCAAUUCUCAUGUUGAUUUUUUUUUUAUUACAAUGUACUAUAUGUAUAUCUUUGCACUGAACUGGCUGAUAGCAGUUAUAAAUAUGCUGUAUAUUUGUAAAUUUGUGAAAGAUUAUGUCAAUAAUAUUCUCUGGAAAUAACCUAUUUUGGAAUAGAUGAUCUUAUUCAUAGUUACACGUGAACAGGAUGUCACUCUUGACUGAAGUGCAUUGCAUAUAUAAACAUACAGAUAUUAUUUAACGAAGGUCAUACUUCAGACAUGAACAGAUGAAUGCAUGCAUUUCAUCUUGCAUGUUUAUAUACCUCAUUACUGGGCUGAAAACAAGACAAAAAACAAAACAAAGAUAUUUUCAUUGUUAGAUUCUUGAUUCUUAUCAUAGAAAUUUUCUGAGGAUAGAUUAAGGGUGUUCCUGUCAUUUCAUAUUGAACACGCACAGCCAAAUAUUUUAAAGUUCCUUUCUUUACUCUUAUAUGCAAUAUUUUAAAAUGCAAUUAUGUCCAUUUUAGACUCCGUUGAGCAGUACUCUGAAGCCAUUUAAAGCAAUCGUCUUCACAAAAUAAUUCAAGUUAAAGGAUAUUAUUGAACUGUGAUACUCAACUGUAUAUAAACAAUGAACAGAAAAUUAAACAUCCUCUUCAGAUCCGCCAAAAGUAUAGCUGGAGAGCUUGGAUAAAUAAGUAAUAAAAUCUUAGAAAGCUGAACAGGUAACUUUUAUCAUGUAGAAUGAACACGUUUAAUGAUUUCAUUGAAAUGUUACUUAGAACAAUACUUGAACAUUUCAUUUUCCUGUAUGUUCGACUAAGCAAGAGUUUUAUCCCUGUAGUUGCUAUGUGGUCCACAGUGAGCAAUUUAUAUGCUUUACUGUAGCUCAUAUACAGACACAGCCUAUGUAUGUACACUGGAUAUUACAGCCAACCAUGCUGCAAUCAUCGUUUUUGUAUAUUAAUGGUAAGAUUUUGUAUGAAACCUUAAAAUGUCUUUGUAGGUAGAGACCAGGAACUGGAAGACAAAAUUAUGCUGCUGAGAAAAAUCUAAUAAAUUUCUUAUUUUAUCAUAGAA